AUGAGGUUUAUGGAUGUAGUGAAGGAGGACAUGAGGAUGAUGCUGAAGAAGGUGCAGAAGUCUUUAGUGUGUGUGAGCACUGAAGGCCACUGGAGCGCUGAUAAGGACACAGUGCUGACCUACACAAUCCAGGAAAAUUUUGCUGCCUGCACCUCAGACUGGAUUGGCCUCUACAAGGUCACACAACUAACUUCGAGUCCCUCUGAUUACAUCGCCUUUGUGUGGGUCAAGGAGAGUGAGAUUGCUGAAAUCGGCAAAGUUGUCCAGUUGAGAAGGAAUAAAGAUGAACUCCCCUUGCUGGCAGGGGAUUACAUUCUGGGUUACUACAACAAGAACAUGCAGUCCCUGGUGGGCCUGAGCCCUACAUUUCAGAUAAUGGAGUCUAGGUCCAUUCUACUGGAAGACUUGGUGCCUGACAAUGUUAAUGGACUCCAGCCACAGUAAAACAAACUGAAUCUUUAAUUGCCAAAAAUGUCAGAAUAAACUGAUUCAUUACUGUACUGUCCUUGCUCUGAGCAUGGGAGCUGAUCAAAUCACUACUCCUACUUCUCCCAUAUGGUCCCUUCACUGAACACACAUCCCAUCCCCUGUGCACAAACACACUGUUUAAUAAGUCAAAUGACAAUCAGUGGCAAUUGGGCAAAUGCUCGUCAUUCCAUGGACACAGAUUGGAAAAUGUCUAUAAAUAAUAACAAGGUGAAAGCUUCCUAACCAAGAACGGGAUCGGCUGAAUAAUAUAGAGAGUCUGAUGAUUAAUCAGUAGUGUGUAGAUAUUUACACAUACUGUAAUCUGC